AUGGAGGUAACCGCCAAAAUUGUCCGAAAGCUUGAUAAGAUGAUAAAACGUGAUUCUAUUGAUGAAGAUACGACCUUAUCCUACCUACAUCGCCUAAGGGACACCGAAAUGACUCUAGAUAUUUUAACGAAAACCGGCAUAGGUAUUGUCAUCAAUAAGAUAAGAAAACAAGCAAGCAACGCAGAAAUCACAACCCUUGGAAAACAACUGAUAAAACAGUGGAAAAAGCUUGUCCCAGACAAAGCGUCUGAAGUCGGUAGUAAGCGAUCGCCGCCAGUUUCUGGCGAUGACUCUUCCCAGCACGCAACAUCGGAUGCGAAGAGAGUUCGAAGGUCAGCAGACGAUGAGGAUUAUCGCCAUGAUUCUGAUACCGGCAGUAACCACGCCCCCGUUGCUGCUGCUCGUGAAUCAAGCGGCCGCCCCUUCUUUAUGUCUAAAAGUCUCGACACUGACGAUCCUGUACGCUUAAAGGCUCGAGAAAUGAUUAAGAAUGCUCUGGAAUCAACCCCCCCUCCACCAGGUGCCUUUGAAGCAGAAUACUUGGCUACUCAGAUCGAGAAUUCAAUUUUCGGUCUUUUUAAAACAACUGACCCGAAGUACAAGCAUCGCGUUAGAACACGGGUCAUGAAUUUACGCGAUUCCAAUAAUCCAAACCUCCGAUUGAAUGUCUUCAUGGGACAUGUUCGACCCGAACGCCUUGCUAGUAUGACCUCCGAGGAAAUGGCCAGCAAGGACAUGAAGGAAUUGCGUGAUAAGUACAAUAAGGAAACCAUCGAUGACCACCAGAUGGCCGUAACUACCGGAACAGAGUCUGAUAUUCUCAAGUGUGGGAAGUGCAAAAUGAACAAAGUCACAUACAACCAGGUUCAAACCAGGAGCGCUGAUGAACCAAUGACUACAUUUGCUUACUGCAAUAAUUGUGGUCACCGGUGGAAGUUCUGCUGA